AGUGAAUGUCGCGAUCGGUGUGAUCUCUCGACGACAGGGGUCGGAUCGUGCUUGAUUCCGUGGCGGACGAUGCACGAGCUCGCCGCGGCUGGCAUGCCGCGUGAUAACUUUCACCCGUUGACUCGUUGAGCAGCCGCGCGGACGAGACGGACGGACGGGCCGCUGACGACGCAGUAAUAGAGAGGAAACAACGAUCCACCGCGCGAUUCCGCCUCCUUCGCUUUUUUCCGGAAGAGAGCAUCGCGCGGCGCGCACAGCACACGCACACACACGCACACACAUAGCAGCACACGGGUGCCGAGCGUUCGCGCAGCGACGGGGUGUUGCGGAUUUUUUCUUUCCCUCUCGCGCGCGAGAGAGACUCGCACACACGCGGACGCGUCCGCAUGCGUAAUAAUUGUCUCCUUUUCCGACUCGCCCGAUCGAAAUACAUUGUCCGACCGGAGGAGCGCUCUCGGUGUACUCGGCGAAGAAAGGGAAGUUGCUGUAAUGGCCGCCGUGUCAUGAAAUGAAGGUGCCGAGCCAGUUUUGUGGUGCCACAAUGGAGGAUAGCUGCAGCCCCGCGUCCCAGAAUCACAACGGCCAGUUGUCCGGCGGCGCGAACGUCUCCCUCGUGAACAAAACGAUCCAGGGCAGUGACAAUGGCAGCAACGGCGACGCCAAGGAUCAACGGCCGCAGUACUCGAUGCCUGGUAUCCUGCACUUCAUUCAGCACGAGUGGGCCCGCUUCGAGCUCGAGAGGUCCCAGUGGGAGCUGGACAGGGCGGAAUUUCAGGCUAGGAUAGCUUUUCUUCAAGGCGAGAGAAAAGGACAGGAGAAUCUGAAGAAUGAUCUAGUGAGGCGAAUAAAAAUGUUAGAGUACGCACUUAAGCAAGAAAGAGCAAGGUAUCAUAAAUUAAAAUAUGGUACCGACUUGGUAAUGCAAGGAGAUGUUAAACCACCUCUUUACGAAGAAGGUACCACAUGCAAUGUCUCUGAAAGUGGUGGUGGUGGUGGAGGAGGAACAGGAGGAGGGGGAGGAGAAGGUGGAGACGGAGAAGCUUCAUUUACAUCUGUCAGUAACGUUAGUUGGAGACAAGGUCGUCAACUUCUAAGGCAAUAUUUACAAGAGAUUGGGUACACCGACACAAUAAUAGAUGUACGGUCGAAUAGAGUACGAUCACUGCUUGGUUUAAAUAAUAAUACAGACUCAGAUGAAAUGAAUACUCCAGCAUUAAAUGGAAAUGAAGGGACGCAGAACAGACAAGAAUCAUCCGAUGUAAGUCUUGUGCUUCGGGGGAAGCAUCCGAAAAAGCAACAGCCGUCUUCUAUAGCAGAAGCAAUGAUAUUAGACACUGAAGCAGCUGUUAUAGCGAAUUUCGAAUUUUUGGGACAUACAGAUAUGGAUAUGGAAGAGGAGGAGGGAGAUGGAGAGGAUGAAAUUUAUGAUGCGAAUACGGAUACCAAACCAAAUAAAGCAUCUAUCCCCCUUCUUGCGGAAGAUGUCGAUACAGAUGCAGAGGCAGAAGAAGUAUUAAACGAAUUAAAUCUCCUCACAGAAAUUGAGGAAUCGCCACCCGGCUCUAUUCAUCUGGAAAUGAAUUCUUCAAAGUGGGAUUUAUUACACAGAGGAUUACAACAAGAUCCAAGACGCCCAAAUAAUAAAGAGGGUGGUGACUCCACACUGGAAUUAGGAGAAUUAGAACAAUUAUGUGUUAACAAUGAUGCAGAAAUAUCGUACGAUAUGGUUUCCACCACGAAAGAAACCUUCAGAAAAACAUGGAACGCAAAAUAUACGUUGCGUUCGCAUUUUGACGCUGUCAGGGCACUCGUCUUCCAUCCCACAGAUCCGGUUCUCAUCACCGCAAGCGAUGAUCACACACUGAAGUUGUGGAAUCUUCAUAAGACUGUACCGGCAAAAAAGUCAGCUUCAUUAGAUGUAGAACCACUUUACACAUUCAGAUCACACACCGGACCGGUGUUGUGUCUAGCCAUGUGUAGCGCGGGCAACCGAUGUUACAGCGGUGGUUUGGAUGGCAUGAUCCAUUGUUGGACGCUACCAUCGGCCAACAUCGAUCCGUACGACUCGUACGAACCAAGUGUCCUUAGUCACACGUUAAAGGGGCACACAAAUGCCGUCUGGGGCUUGAGCAUGUAUCACCUACGUCCCACUAUGUUGUCGUUUAGUGCGGACGGAACUGUAAAAUUAUGGGCGCCGCAGGCACCAGUACCUCUUCUCAAUACGUAUGUCUCGGAUCAAGACGGCAUACCGACCUCGGUCGACUUCAUCAGGGAUGAGCCGCACAAGCUAGUCGUGGCUUACGAGGGAGCUUGCGUGGUGUUUGACACCGAGACCGGCGCGAUCGUGGCGCGACUCGAGGCAAACGAGACGAAAGGCGUGAAUCGCGUUGUAGCACACCCAACGUUACCGCUUGUCGUGGCCGCGCACGAGGACCGGCACAUCCGAUUUUACGAUCACCGGUCGGCUACUCUCGCCCACGCGAUGGUAGCACACUUGGACGCAGUUACUAGUCUUGCUGUAGAUCCUCAUGGUCUAUACUUACUUUCAGGAAGUCAUGAUUGCAGUAUAAGAUUAUGGAAUAUGGACAACAAGACUUGUGUUCAGGAGAUAACAGCGCAUAGGAAGAAGUUCGACGAAAGUAUUCUAGACGUAGCGUUCCACCCGUCACGACCGUUUAUAGCAAGCGCAGGCGCCGACGCUCUCGCCAAAGUGUUUGUGUGAAUUGUAAAUCGAGAUACACUCACAUCAAAAUAAUGGUUUCUACUAUUAUAUCAAACGGAGCAGUUUUUGUACUCGUAUUUUUUUUCUAGAUAGCCUUAACUUUUAUGUGUC